AUGGGAAACGCAGCAGGGAGCAUGGAGGUGCCUCAGGGGAAGGAGGGCAAGGCGGCGGUGGCCCCUCCCGGCUCCGCGGGCCCCCGGAGACGAGCUGGAAUCAAACUCCCGGUGCCACCCGAGGAGGAGCUGGAGCGGCGCUUCGGGGCCGUGCUGAGCACGAUGAAUCUCCCUCCAGACAAAGUGAAGAUCCUCAGCCAGUACGACCAGGAGAAGAAGUGGGAUCUGAUCUGUGACCAGGAGCGGUUUCAAGUGAAGAAUCCACCGUCUGCUUAUCUGGAGAAGCUGAAGAGUCACCUGGACCACGGGGGAGUCGGUCGGAAGUUUAAGAGACGCGUGCAGGAAUCCACUCAGGUCCUCAGAGAGUUGGAGAUCUCCCUGAGGACCAAUUACAUCGGCUGGGCUCAGGAGUUCCUGGACGAGGAGAACCACGGCCUGGACGUUCUCGUGGACUACCUCUCCUUCGCCCACAGCGCCGUCACGUACGAGGUGGAGGUGCUGGACAACGGCAGCGUGGAGCGGUCGGUGGAGGACCUGAGCAGGAGCGCCAGCAACUCCCCCACGCACAGCGCCUCCAAGGCCAGCAAGGCCUUCACAGUGAGGAGAGGCCAGCGGAGCUCUCGGGCCUCCAGCCAGACGGACGACGUCCACCUGUGCAUCAUGUGCCUACGGGCCAUCAUGAACUACCAGUCUGGGUUCAACCAGGUGAUGAAGCAUCCCUGCUGCGUCAACGAGAUCACGCUCAGCCUCAACAACAGGAACCCGAGGACGAAGGCGCUGGUCCUGGAGCUGCUGGCGGCCGUGUGCCUGGUGAGAGGAGGCCACGACAUCAUCCUCUCCGCCUUCGACAGCUUCAAAGAGGUGUGUGGAGAGAGAAGUCGGUUCGAGAAGCUCAUGGAGUAUUUCAGCCACGAGGACAGCAACAUCGACUUCAUGGUGGCCUGCAUGCAGUUCAUCAACAUCGUGGUCCACUCGGUGGAAAACAUGAACUUCAGAGUCCACCUCCAGUACGAGUUCACUCAGCACGGGCUGGACGACUACCUGGAGAGGUUGAAGUUCACGGAGAGCGACCGGCUGCUGGUGCAGAUCCAGGCCUACCUGGACAACCUGUUUGAUGUGGGCGCUCUGCUGGAGGACGCCGAGACCAAGAACGCCCUGCUGGAGCACAUGGAGGAGAUGCAGGAGCACAACACACUGCUGAGCUCCAGGCUUCAGGAGAGCGAGAGGGAGGCGAUGGAGAAAGUGUCUGACAUGGAGAAGAAGCUCAUUCAGACCACAAAAGAAGUGGAGCUCCUCAAGGAGGGUCUACGUGAAUCCUGCUCCCAGGUGACUCUCCUGCAGCAGCGAGAACGAGAGAGGGAGCUAGAACGUGAGCAGGAGAGAGAGAGAGAGAGAGACCGGGAUCGAUCCACCGAGGCCCUGAAGGAGCUGGAGGUCAAAGUUCAGGCUCUGGUGGAGCGGGGGCUGGUCCGAAUGCAGCGCUCCUCCUCCGGACACCUGGACCUCCAGCUGGUCCCCGUCACCGAGCCAAUGCAACGAACUGAAGAAGAAGCAGAUUCGGGUAAAACCCUCGAGGCUCCUCCCACAUCCACACAUCCUCAGCCUCCCGUCUCUGAGGCUCCUCCUCCUCCAGGCUCAACUCCUCCUCCUCCUCCUCCUCCUCCUCCUCCUCCUCCUCCUCCUCCUCCUCCUCCUCCACCUCCUCCAUGCUCAACAGGAACUCCUCCUCCACCUCCUCCUCCUCCACCACCACCACCCCCAGCGGCUCCACCACCCCUGCUGCCUCCUGGAGGUGGUACGACCCACUUAUCAGGAGAUUUGACUGACGGCAGCUCAGGCUGUAAAAAGAAGAAGCCCAUUCAAACCAAAUACCGCAUGCCGCUGUUGAACUGGCAGGCGCUCAAAUCCAACCAGGUGGCCGGAACCAUCUUCACGGAGCUGGACGACGAGAACGUCUUAGAGGAGCUUAACAUGGCGACUUUCGAGGAGCAGUUCAAGACCAAGGCUCAGUCGGCCCCUGCACAACUGGGGACCCUCAAGAUGAAACUGGCCCACAAGACCCCCAGCAAGGUGUCUCUGAUGGAGCCCAACAGGGCCAAGAACCUGGCCAUCACCCUGCGCAAGGAAGGAGUGGCUGCGUCGGAUAUCUGCUGCGCAAUCGAGACGUACAACCAGAGAGCUCUGAGCCUGGACUUCCUGGAGCUGCUGGAGCGCUUCAUCCCCACGGAGUACGAGGCCAAGCUCAUCCACGGCUACGAGUGCGAGGGCCGCCCCCUGGGCGAGCUCAGCGAGGAGGACCGCUUCAUGGUGCGCUUCAGCAAGAUCCCGCGGCUCCCGCAGCGCAUCAGCACCCUCACCUUCGUGGGCAACUUCCCCGAGAACGUGCAGCUCAUCCAGCCGCAACUGAACGCCAUCAUCGCCGCCUCCAUGUCCAUCAAAUCCUCCGGCAAGCUGAAGAAGAUCCUCGAGAUCAUCUUAGCGUUUGGAAACUACAUGAACAGCAGCAAGCGAGGAGCGGCGUACGGCUUCCGCCUGCAGAGCUUAGACCUGCUGUCGGACACCAAAUCUACGGACCGAAAGCAGACGUUGCUGCACUUCAUUGUCGGCAUCAUUCAGGAGAAAUACCCCGACGCCCGGUCCUUCUUCACAGAGCUGCACUUCCUGGACAAGGCGGCGCUGGUUUCCCUCGACAGCAUCCUGCAGGACGUGCGGGCGCUGCAGAGCGGCAUGGAGGCGACCAGGAGGGAGUUCUCCGUGGAGAAAGAGAACCCGGUGCUGCAGAUGUUCCUCAGCAGCAACGCCGAGCUGCUCCACUCGCUCAUAUCUGACGGGAGAACCGCCCAGGAUGUUUAUGACUCGGCCGUGGAGUACUUUGGAGAGAGCUCUAAAGCCACGCCUCCCUCCGUGUUCUUCCCCGUUUUCGUCCGGUUCAUCAGAGCCUACAAGCAAGCGGAGCAGGAGAACGAGCAGAGGGCGAGACAACAAGUCCUGACCUGCGACGCUCCGCCGACCCCCCCGAAGCCCGAGGUCAAGAAGGUCUGCGUGACGUCCAAACCGCCGCAGAUGGACCUGAUAGCGGAGCUGAAGAGGAGGCAGGUGUCUCCCCUGGUGAGGGAGGGCAAGGACGGGGCCAUCGAGGACAUCAUCACAGAUCUGAGGAAUCAACCGUACCGGCGUGCGGACGGCGCCCGCCGUAGCGCCCGCUGGCCUCCGGGGCAGCAGCUCCACGUGUCCUCGGACAUUUCCCUCUGAGCAGCUGACGACGACGACGACGUUUACGUUAAAAAACAGAAGCAUUAAAUACAAAGUUUGAGUAGAAGGCUUUUCUUUACGUGAUUUUUUUUAAAAUCGGUUUUCAUUUUUUAAAUAAUCUCAAUCACCGCUGU